GAUUCUUACACUGUUCUUGGAAUCUAGUUUGAAUUGUCCUUGGAAACCAUUCUUGUCUUGACCCUGCCCUUGUUCAAAUUCUGUAUACUGCUCUUGUGCAAACCUUGCAUAUUCUACUUGUUCUUAUUUCAGUAUACCUGUUGAUCUUUUUGAUCUUCUUGAUCUUCUUGAUUCUUGGUUUUUGUUCAUAUGGACACCUCUUUAGGAGGGGUGACGAUUAUCAGGAGAUACCUAUAUGAGGAUGACCUGAUUGAAAAUCUGUUUAGCCUCGCCUCCAUGAGCUACGAGGAGACAUGAAUCUUCUAGGCAUCUUGAUUCCAGCCAUUGCUUUGUUCUGUUAAUUAAUUCUAGUACUUGAGGUGCUAGAUCUUGACAUCCUAGUUAUAUCUGCUCUUGAAUUCGUGUUCUAGUUGUCAUUAUUGAAAUCUUUUUGUGGGUCUAAUUCUUAAAUUCUAUUGCUUGUUUCAUGAUUAGCUCGUCUCUCAAUUUUGAUUGCUUGGUUAAAGUUGAUCUUGAUUCUUGGUAAAUGCCAUUUUGUUGUUAAAUUUUUGAGGCAUUCUACCUUGCACCCUUGUGUUCCGAUAUUCUUCCAAGCAUUCAUAUUUUCUAUUGAUUUUAUUUUGUUGCAAUUCUUGAGAGUCUUCCAUGUCUUUUGAUGGUCCUAGCUUUUAACUCUUGUUAAUUGCUAAAAUCUGUCUUUUCAGUUGCUUUGUUAAACAUGACCUUGUUUAUUGGUUAACUUUGUUUUGUGGCAGAAUUUAUAAGGCAUCCAUGCACUUGUUCAUUAUUCAUGAUCUAUAUAUCCAUUGGAUGCUUAUCCGUCUUUGAUAGAGUUCAAAAUUUUGUUGUGCUCGUCAUUAAAUCCAUGCCAUUCGUUGCCAACUCGUCUUGUGUUGGGUUCAAAGCGUAACCCCACAAUUGUUCUUCUGUGGCUUUGGCAGGAUUUAUUUUUAUUCCUUGUGCUUCCCAUGUCACCCCAGCCUCUAGUAGCUCGUUUCAUGAUAAGUCCUGUUAAGUAAUUAGUGUUCUGCUUUUAAGAUUAGUCGUGAUUUGAUAUCAGAGUGGCGCAGCGGGAGCGUAAUAGGCCGUGUUCUGUUCCUAGAAAGUGAUGAGGCAAUUGUUUUGCCUUGGAUUGGGUGAAGCCAUUCACCAGUCUAGAUGGUCCUCAAUUUGAGUUUUGGGGACAAAACUCCUUUUUAGGAGGGGUGGAUGUAAUACCCCAAAUUUUCGGGAAUUUUAGCAUUAAAUUAAGGAUUAAAUU